CCGCCUCUGACCGCGGCCCCUUCAUUCUGCAGCUGGUGCUUUGGGGCCCAGAGCUGUGCGUCGCUGUCUCUAUGGCCCAGGAUCCGAGCGCAAAGAAACCAGACCUCAGAGAACCAGCACUAGCCCUGCUUUCGAAGCAGGGUAACCCCAUCAGUGACCUACAACCCCUCCAAUGACCCCACAGCUCCCUCCCACCAUGGAGUCUGUAUUUGAUGCAGACAGGCAGUGUGUGAUCCUCUGACCUCUUACCAGGGGUUCCAUGGCCACGCCACCCUAUGAUUCCAUGUCCCCCCAAUUUCAGGACCCUCCCUGGCCCCAUGACCCCUGACCUGCCAAGUGACCUCCCUGGACCUUGACCCCUGUGACUGUUCUUCCCAUCAUCCGCUUGACUCUGGCCCUGGCUCCCCUUUGGGGUCUUGUUGGUCGGGGCUUCCCCAGGAAGAUGUGGGGGAGGCUCUGGCCCCUCCUCCUGAGCUUCCUCACAGCAGCUGCAGUCCCUGGACCCUCACCACGGAGACCAUCCAGAGAACUAGAUGCCACCCCUCGGAUGACUAUCCCCUACGAAGAGCUCUCUGGGACCCGGCACUUCAAGGGCCCAGCCCAGAACUACUCAACACUGCUGCUGGAGGAAGCCUCGGCAAGGCUGCUGGUGGGAGCCCGGGGCGCCCUGUUCUCUCUCAAUGCCCACGACAUAGGAGAUGGGUCUCACAAAGAGAUCCACUGGGAGGCCUCCCCAGAGAUGCAAACUAAAUGUCAUCAAAAAGGAAAAAACAAUCAGACGGAGUGCUUCAACCAUGUGCGAUUCCUACAGCGGCUCAAUGCCACCCACCUCUACGCAUGUGGGACUCAUGCCUUCCAGCCCCUCUGUGCAGCCAUUGAUGCUGAGGCCUUCACCUUGCCAAGCAGCUUUGAGGAAGGAAAAGAGAAGUGUCCUUAUGACCCAGCCCGUGGCUUCACAGGCCUUAUCAUCGAUGGAGGCCUCUACACAGCCACACGGUACGAAUUCCGGAGCAUUCCUGACAUCCGCCGGAGCCGCCACCCACACUCCCUGAGGACUGAGGAGGCACCCAUGCACUGGCUCAAUGAUGCUGAGUUUGUGUUCUCCGUCCUGGUGCGGGAGAGCAAGGCCAGCGUGGUGGGCGAUGAUGACAAGGUUUACUACUUCUUCACGGAGCGCGCCACCGAGGAGGGCUCUAGCAACUUUGCUCAGAGCCGCAGCAGCCACCGUGUGGCCCGUGUGGCCCGUGUGUGCAAGGGAGACCUGGGAGGGAAGAAGAUCCUGCAGAAGAAGUGGACCUCCUUCUUAAAGGCGCGUCUCGUCUGCCACAUUCCACAGUACGAGACACUACGUGGUGUCUGCAGCGUGGACGUUGACACCUCAGCCCGCACACACUUCUAUGCGGCCUUCACGCUGACCACACAGUGGAAGACCCUGGAGGCCUCAGCCAUCUGCCGCUAUGACCUGACCGAGAUGCAAGCUGUCUUUGCAGGCCCCUACAUGGAAUACCAGGAUGGCGUCCGGCGCUGGGGUCGCUACGAGGGUGGGGUGCCAGAGCCCCGACCCGGCUCGUGUAUCACAGAUUCGUUGCGCAGCCAAGGCUACAACUCAUCCCAGGACUUGCCGUCGCCGGUCCUGGACUUUGUGAAGCUGCACCCACUGAUGGCUCGGCCUGUGGUGCCCACACGUGGACGGCCCCUGCUGCUCAAGCGCAGCGUGCGCUACACACACCUCACAGGGACACCUGUCACCACGCCUGCUGGACCCACCUAUGACCUGCUCUUUCUGGGCACAGCUGAUGGCUGGAUCCACAAGGCCGUGGUCCUGGGCUCUGGGAUGCACAUUAUCGAAGAGACACAAGUGUUCAAGGAACCUCAGUCUGUGGAGAAUCUAGUCAUCUCUCCGAUGCAGCAUAGCCUCUACGUGGGGGCCUCUAGUGGAGUCACCCAGCUACCGCUGUCCAGCUGCUCUCGCUACCGCUCCUGCUAUGACUGCAUCUUGGCCCGGGACCCUUACUGUGGCUGGGACCCCAGCACCCAUGCCUGCCUGGAGGCCACCACUGCAGUGAACAGGUCCCAGGGUCGCAGGACAGCGCUGAUACAGGACAUAGAGAGAGGAAACCGAGGCUGUGAGAGCAACAGGGACACAGGGCUACCACCACCAAUGAAGACCCGCUCUGUGCUGCGGGGUGACGACGUCCUCCUGCCCUGUGACCAGCCAUCCAACCUGGCCCGGGCCUUGUGGCUGCUCAAUGGGAGCAUGGGCCUGAGUGAUGGGCAGGGUGGCUACCGUGUAGGUGUGGAUGGGCUGCUGGUGACAGACACGCAGCCUGAGCACAGUGGCCACUAUGGCUGCUACGCGGAGGAGAAUGGCCUUCGCACCCUGCUGACCUCCUACAGCCUCACAGUGCGGCCUGCCACCCCGGCCCCGGCUCCACAAGCCCCUGCCUUGCCCGGGGCACAGCUGGCACCUGAUGUGAGGCUGCUCUAUGUGCUAGCCAUUGCCGCGCUCGGUGGCCUCUGCCUCAUCCUGGCUUCCUCCCUCCUCUAUGUGGCCUGUCUUCGGGGAAGCAGACGAGGACACCGACGGAAAUACUCGCUGGGUCGGGCUGGCAGGGCAGGGGGCUCUGCUGUGCAGCUGCAGACAGUGUCGGGCCAGUGUCCUGGAGAGGAAGAUGAGGGUGACGAUGGGGAGGGGGCUGGGGGCCUGGAGGGCAGCUGUCUCCAGAUCAUCCCGGGGGAAGGAGCCCCAGCCCCGCCUCCUCCACCACCCCCACUGCCACCCGCUGAGCUGACCAAUGGGCUGGUGGCACUGCCCAGCCGGCUGCGCAGGAUGAAUGGCAACAGCUACAUGCUCCUGAGGCAGAGCAACAAUGGAGUGCCCACAGGGCCCUGCUCCUUCGCUGAGGAGCUCAGCCGCAUCCUGGAGAAGAGGAAGCACACGCAGCUCGUAGAGCACCUGGAUGAGAGCUCUGUCUGAGCCCAGCCUCCCAGGACCAAUGCUCUUCCAAGCCAGCCUGUCUGCCCCAGGCUGGGCUGCUGCCUCCCAACACAGCCACCGUCCCCUCCCCACCCCCAACUCCAGGCCCUUCCAACUUUUGAUGUCCCUAUAAGGCUAGCCAGAGUCAGGCCCAGCCAAAGUCCCCUCCUUAAUCUCCACAGACCCAUCUGUGAGCAGCCCAGGCCAACUGGUUCUCCUCAGAGGCAGGGCUUGCAGGUCCAGAUGGCCUCAAUGUCACCAUCCUCUGCAGGGCCCUCUGUGCCGGAUGGUCCUGACACCAGACGAGACCUCUGUCAGCAAAAGAGCCACCUGAGCCCUGCGUACGUUCACAUGCCCACAUGGAAGAAUGUCUAUCAGCUGGGCUGCAGGCCCCCCAUCCCCCUUCUGCUGCAUUCUUGUUACAUACCUUCUUCUGGACUUUGGGUACACUCCCAAAUGCCGCAUCCCAUCCUAUAUAUUUAGUCCUCUCCCCCAGUCCCAGCCCCCUGUGGUGACCUCUUUGUCAAGAACUUUGGAACAGGCCAGUGUGGGGAGGUAAGACUGCAUCAUUCCCCUCUUCUCCCUUAAUGUGCAGCCCUUAUGAGUCAGCACGCCCAUCCCCUUGGUCACUCUCAAGAGUGACAGUGUUCUAGGCACGUCCCUCAUGUACACAUGCUCACAUUUCCACUUACAUGCACCUUAUGAGCCUCCUCUUGCUGCCUUGGACCUGUCAGGUUUGGUCCAUGGACAUUUCAGAGAGCCCUCUCCGGUUUAGCUGUCCUUACAGACACUUCCCUAGGACGGGUGACCCACACUGCACUCAAUGAGCCAGCCUCCCUUUUGGGGACCAAGCAUUUGCUACCCCUAGACCAGAGCAGCAGGAGGAAAGAUCUGCUAUCUCACCUGGCACAAGAAGCCCGUUCUUGGAACUAUGCAAAGGGCAGAGGCUGGGAGUUUGGAUGCUUGGCUCCCACCCCUGUCCUACCUCACCGGGGCACUUUCAGGGUCCAGGGGCCUCUGAAGUCUCCAGGCCCAUAUGGGACAAUCAAAUCCUGACUGAGCUCCCUCAUUCCCUUGGGUGAGGAUGACUGUUAUUUUUGUAGCUGAGAACGUGGAAUCCCACGGAUUUUUACUGCCCUUCACCCAUCCUCUCCCACCUCUCCCCUACGAUGAAUGUAUUUAUUGUGAGAUGGCUACACUACUUUAGGAAUGCCCCCACUCACCACCCAGGUGGGCCGAAUGGGCAUGUGACAGUGGGGAGCCUGGGCUCAGCUCCUCCACCCUGUUGGUUAAUAAAUACCCUCUUUUCCCCAUG